AUGAGUCAUCCCAACAUGAGUCAUCCCAACAUAAGUCAUCCCAACAUAAGUCAUCCCAACAUAAGUCAUCCCAACAUGAUUCAUCCCAACAUGAGUCAUCCCAGCAUAAGUCAUCCCAGCAUAAGUCAUCCCAACAUAAGUCAUCCCAGCAUAAGUCAUCCCAGCAUAAGUCAUCCCAACAUAAGUCAUCCCAACAUAUGUCAUCCCAGCAUAAGUCAUCCCAACAUAAGUCAUCCCAACAUAAGUCAUCCCAACUUAAGUCAUCCCAACAUAAGUCAUCCCAGCAUAAGUCAUCCCAACAUAAGUCAUCCCAACAUAUGUCAUCCCAACAUGUCAUCCCAACAUGAGUCAUCCCAGCAUAAGUCAUCCCAACAUAAGUCAUCCCAACAUGUCAUCCCAACAUGUCAUCCCAACAUGAGUCAUCCCAACAUGAGUCAUCCCAACAUAAGUCAUCCCAACAUAAGUCAUCCCAACAUGAGUCAUGCCAGCAUGAGUCAUCCCAACAUAAGUCAUCCCAACAUAAGUCAUCCCAACAUGAGUCAUGCCAGCAUGAGUCAUCCCAACAUAAGUCAUCCCAACAUAAGUCAUACCAACAUGAGUCAUCCCAACAUAAGUCAUCCUAACAUGAGUCAUCCCAACAUGAGUCAUCCCAACAUAAGUCAUCAGUAUCUGCUAAUAAAAAUGCUAUAA